AUAUUAUAUUUGUAAGAAGUUUUUAAAACAAUCGUGGGAAUUGUGCGAGUCACCGUCAUGUAGUAUUUUCAUCUGAUAAAUCAUUGAGGUGAGAUUAUUUAGUAUCACACAUUUUAAUCUUGGAGUUCACCGUGAAGAUGCCGAGUCAGUCGUCCUGCACCCGAUUCAUUAGGCGCACAUUAAAAUGGUUUUAAGCAUAAAGCAUUUGUCAAUCGCGGUAGUUUUUAUAAUAGUUGUGAGUGAAGGCAAAAAGGGAAGAAUGAAACAAGAGCGCAUGGAGAACUCCUUGUGGAAACAAGAAUAUGAAAAUGAAUUGAGCGAUGCCAUGCUGUCUCCGAAACGUGGGGGCAAUGUGACGCGAGUAGCUCAAUCGCCCAGUAUGUCGGACAACGAAGCGGUGGUUGAAAAAUUAAUAGAUACUAUUUCCGCAAGCGAAAAAUAUUUGAAAAAAGUUGAAAGUAUAGAUUUUAGAUUAAACAGACUUGAUAUAGAAAUUCACGAGAAAACCAAUAGCAUAAUGAAACAUCUAUCCGAAAUCAUAAGGACGAUUCAAAAUCAAACCCCCUCUGAUAAGUUGGUAAUGUUGGACACUAUGAAAUCUGAUAUAGGCCAAAUUAAAUAUGCCUUAGAGCGGACUUCAAAUAAAGCAUCCAAUGGUACGAGCACAACGGAUAAUUCAGAGUGUAACCUAGAAGCAACAUUGGAUACAAGACUUUCAUACUUGGAAAAUCACAUAAAAUCUGUGUUAACAAGUGUUGAAGCUAUAACUACAGUGAUCUCAGAUGUGAAAAAUCGUGAUACUAAUAAGAUAGGUCAAAUCGGAAAUGGAAUGGAAGUUCUAACUUUAAUCAGUGAAUUCCGUAGAACGAUACAAGAGCAAAAGGCAAGAAAAUGUGAAUGCAAGAUAGGCCGCGUAGACCGCUCCGAACGGUACCCGACAGAUUGUCAUGAAAUACAAGCACAAGGCUUCAAUAUAACUGGGAUUUAUAAAAUCAAACCUGACGACAUAGAACCAUUCUACGUGUUGUGUGAUCUCAACGCUGCAGGCGGAGGCUGGACGGUUAUACAGAAUCGUUUUGAUGGAUCCCAAGAUUUCCUUAAAAACUGGGUUGAAUACAAACACGGAUUUGGUAACCUUGCGAGCGAAUUUUGGUUAGGUUUGGAGAAGGUGUAUUACCUCACCAACCAAAAGCUUUACGAACUUAGGAUCGAAAUGGAAGGGCAAAAUAGGCAAGAAGCUUCAGCUAGUUAUUCUGUAUUCACGAUUGGGCCUGAAUAUGAAGGAUAUAGAAUAAGUACACUUGGAACAUUUCGGGGCAACGCUGGCGAUUCCUUGUCAUAUCACGCUGGACAAAAGUUUUCAACUUACGAUACCGAUAAUGAUGAAUGGAAGGAAGGGUCUUGUGCUGUCGAACAUGGAGGCGCUUGGUGGUACAAGGAGUGCGAUAAAAGCAAUUUAAACGGCAAAUACUCAGUGGACGAUAAUAACGGACAGUCAAUAUACUGGAUUUCAUUCAAAGGACCAAAUGGUCCUCUCACCAAAACAAGGAUGAUGAUACGACCUCUGCCUGCCAGUCGGCCGUUGGAUUAUAAAGGGAAUCCACGAGCAGAGAACAUAAAGCGGCCGAAGUCCGAGAUGCAGCCACGCAAGAACCCGAAGGUUUCCUACGACGUCGGUCGAGUCCGCCCUCCGUACCGCUACGACGACAACGUACACCCCGAUGCAUUCUUCCCCAACUACGCGUGAUUCCUUGAAUAAUUAUAUUUUUA